CCUUCACUGCCUCCCUUGGCCAGCGGCAGCUACUCGGGCGACAAUGGCGGGAUCUGUGCCGGUGCCCGCCCCUAAGGGUGAAGGGGCGUCCUGCUCUUCCUGGGGGACGGGCAGUACAAAUAAAAAUCUGCCCAUCAUGUCCGCAGAAUCUGUGGAGAUUGAUGAUGCAUUAUACAGUCGACAGAGGUAUGUCCUUGGAGACACAGCAAUGCAGAAGAUGGCCAAGUCCCAUGUUUUCUUAAGUGGUAUGGGUGGUCUUGGUUUGGAAAUUGCAAAGAAUCUUGUUCUUGCAGGAAUUAAGGCACUUACGAUUCAUGAUACCGAAAAAUGCCAAGCAUGGGAUUUAGGAACCAACUUCUUUCUUUGUGAAGAUGAUGUUGUUAAUAAGAGAAACAGGGCUGAAGCUGUACUUCAACAUAUUGCAGAACUAAAUCCUUAUGUUCAUGUGACGUCAUCUCCUGUUCUCUUCAAUGAGGCCACAGAUCUUUCCUUCUUAGAUAAAUACCAGUGUGUAGUGCUGACUGAGGUCAAACUUUCAUUGCAGAAGAAGGUCAACGACUUCUGCCGUUCUCGGUGUCCUCCAAUUAAGUUCAUCAGUGCAGAUAUACAUGGGAUUUGGUCACGAUUAUUUUGUGAUUUUGGCGAUGAAUUUGAAGUUUUAGAUACAACAGGAGAAGAGCCAAAAGAAAUUUUUAUUUCAAACAUAACGCAAGCUAAUCCUGGCAUUGUCACUUGCCUUGAAAAUCAUCCUCACAAACUUGAGACAGGACAACUCAUAACAUUUCGAGAAAUUAAUGGAAUGACAGGUUUAAAUGGAUCUACACAACAAAUAACUGUGAUAUCACCAUUUUCGUUUAGCAUUGGUGAUACUACAGAACUGGAACCCUAUUUACAUGGAGGAAUAGCUGUCCAAGUCAAGACUCCUAAGACAUUUUGCUUUGAAUCACUGGAAAGGCAAAUAAAACAUCCGAAGUGCCUUAUUGCAGAUUUCAGCAAACCUGAGGCACCUUUACAGAUUCACACAGCUUUGCUUGCCUUGGACCAGUUUCAGGAGAAUUACAGUCGUAAGCCAAAUAUCGGAUGCCAACAAGAUUCAGAAGAACUGUUCAAACUGGCAACAUCUGUAAGUGAAACCUUGGAAGAAAAGCCUGAAGUUGAUGCAGAUGUUGUACGCUGGCUCUCCUGGACUGCCCAGGGCUACUUAGCCCCUCUGGCUGCAGCAGUAGGAGGUGUUGCCAGCCAAGAAGUACUAAAAGCUGUGACUGGAAAGUUUUCUCCUUUGUGCCAAUGGUUAUAUCUUGAAGCAGCGGAUAUUGUUGAAUCCCUAGGCAAACCUGAGUGUGAAGAAUUUCUCCCACGAGGAGAUCGGUAUGAUGCCCUGCGAGCCUGCAUUGGAGAGACUUUGUGUCAGAAGCUACAGAAUCUAAACAUCUUCUUAGUUGGGUGUGGAGCCAUAGGCUGUGAAAUGUUAAAAAAUUUCGCUUUACUUGGUGUUGGCACAAGCAAAGAGAAGGGAAUGGUUACAGUUACAGACCCUGACUUGAUAGAAAAAUCCAACUUAAACAGACAGUUCCUGUUCCGCCCUCAUCACAUACAGAAACCUAAGAGUUACACCGCUGCUGAUGCAACUUUGAAAAUAAAUUCUCAAAUAAAAAUAGAUGCACACUUGAACAGAGUAUGUCCGGCAACAGAGGUCAUUUACAAUGAUGAUUUCUUUACCAAACAAGAUAUAAUUAUCACAGCUCUAGACAAUGUGGAGGCCAGGAGAUAUGUAGACAGCCGUUGCUUAGCAAAUUUAAGGCCUCUCCUAGAUUCUGGAACAAUGGGCACGAAGGGACACACUGAAGUUAUUGUACCUCACUUGACUGAAUCUUACAAUAGUCAUCGGGAUCCCCCAGAAGAGGAAAUACCAUUUUGUACUCUGAAGUCUUUCCCAGCCACCAUUGAGCAUACUAUACAGUGGGCCAGAGAUAAGUUUGAAAGUUCCUUUUCCCACAAGCCUUCUUUAUUUAACAAGUUUUGGCAAACCUACUCAUCUGCAGAAGAAGUCCUACAGAAGAUACAAAGUGGACACAAUUUAGAAGGCUGUUUUCAAGUUAUUAAAUUACUUAGCAGAAGACCUAGAAAUUGGUCCCACUGUGUAGAAUUAGCAAGACUAAAGUUUGAAAAAUAUUUUAACCAUAAGGCUCUUCAGCUUCUUCACUGUUUCCCUCUAGACAUACGGUUAAAAGAUGGUAGUUUGUUUUGGCAAUCACCAAAGAGGCCUCCAUCUCCAAUAAAAUUUGAUUUAAAUGAACCUUUACACCUCAGUUUCCUCCAGAAUGCUGCAAAACUGUAUGCUACAGUAUAUUGCAUUCCAUUUACAGAUGAGGAUUUAUCAGCAGAUGCCCUCUUGAAUAUUCUUUCAGAAGUAAAGAUUGAGGAAUUCAAACCUUCCAACAAGGUUGUUCAAACUGAUGAAACUGCAAGGAAACCAGACCAUGUUCCUGUUAGCAGUGAAGAUGAGAGGGAUGCCGUAUUCCAGCUAGAAAAGGCUAUUUUAUCUAAUGAAGCUACCAAAAAUGACCUUCAAGUGGUGGUGCUUUCAUUUGAAAAAGAUGAUGAUCAUAAUGGACAUAUAGAUUUUAUCACAGCUGCAUCAAAUCUUCGUGCCAAAAUGUAUAACAUUGAACCAGCUGACCGCUUCAAAACAAAGCGAAUAGCUGGCAAGAUUAUACCUGCAAUAGCAACGUCCACUGCCGCAGUUUCUGGCUUGGUUGCCUUGGAGAUGAUCAAAGUAACUGGUGGCUAUCCAUUUGAAGCCUACAAAAAUUGUUUCCUUAACUUAGCCAUUCCAAUUAUAGUGUUUACAGAGACAUCUGAAGUAAGAAAAACUAAAAUCAGAAAUGGAAUAUCAUUUACAAUUUGGGAUCGAUGGACUGUACAUGGAAAAGAAGAUUUUACUCUCUUGGAUUUCAUAAAUGCAGUCAAGGAGAAGUAUGGGAUUGAGCCAACAAUGGUGGUACAGGGAGUCAAAAUGCUUUAUGUUCCAGUAAUGCCUGGUCAUGCAAAAAGAUUAAAGUUGACAAUGCAUAAACUUGUGAAACCUUCCACUGAAAAGAAAUACGUGGAUCUCACUGUGUCAUUUGCCCCAGAUGCUGAUGGAGAUGAAGACCUGCCUGGGCCUCCAGUGAGGUACUACUUCAGCCCUGGUGCUGAUUAGUGUAACUUGUCCUAGGUCAUUCCAGAACCACUUGAUUUGGGGAAGAGUGCACUUAAUUCAGAAGCUAAAAAAAUCAACUCAUCAUACUCUGGAUUUCUCUUUGAUGAAGCCUUAAUUUAAGGAAAACAUCAGUAUGAAACUGCACUGGAAAAUUGUAAGACAUUUUGAAGCAUACUAAACACUUGUCUAACGGUUCACACGCGGUUAUGAACACCUGCAACUUUGAGCUGGAAUGCCAUUUUGUAAUACUUAAGACAGAUUUGUGUAUUUAUCUGUUUGGAUAAAAAGAAGGAAAAAUAUUUACAACCAGAGAUGAUAAGGAUCAAGAAACUGAAAGUAACAAAUAUGGCUCAGUGCCCGUAGCACAAUGGUUACAGCCUCAGCCACAUGCACUAAGGGUGGCAAGUUGAACCUGGCCUGGGCCUGCUAAAC